AUGUCGGCCAUGCCAUCGAGCCCUAUCGUGCUACCGCUCUCAAUCUCUGCUUCCAAUGAGGCUAUAGACUUGAACGAUGAAUUCAAGAGCAGCCCCACUACGCCGGAAGGCGAGGAGUUGCGGAUACCGACGCCCAGCACACCCGUGGAUGAUGACGACGAUGUCGAAUUCAUCCCAAGGGGUCGGCCAAUCAAACCUACAGCCAUCGUCCGUCCGAAGCCCAAACCGAACUGA